AUGCCAAUUGAUCCAGAGAAGUUAGCCAAGUUGCAAAAAUCCAACCCCAAGAAGGUUGGUGGUGCCAGAGUCAAGGCCAAGAAGGUCGUCAAGGAGGUGGACGACGUCAAGCUCGUCGAGACCUUGGGCAAGUUGAAAGCCACUAAGGUCGAGGGUGUCGAGGAAGCCAACUUCUUCAAGGACAAUGGCAAGGUUUUGCACUUCAACAGAGUCGGUGUCCAGGCUGCUUCCCAGAGCAACACUUUUGCCUUCACCGGUUACCCCCAGGAGAAGGACAUCACCCAGUUGAUUCCAGGUAUCUUGCCUCAGUUGGGUGCUGAGAACUUGGAGGCCUUGAGAAAGUUGGCUGAGCAGAUCCAGGGUGGUAAGGCUCCUACCGAGUUGAACGCCGGUGCCGAGGGUGCUGACGAGGACAUUCCAGACUUGGUUCAGGGCGAGAAGUUCGACGAUGUCGAGUAA